AUGGAUCAUGCAAGAAGUAUUCGAGAUCAGGAACGAAUCGGAAAACCUAGUAUAAUAGUUCUCGAUUCUGAUUGGGAUAAGAAUGAUGAAUUCUGGAAGAUUUUGGGUGGUAAGGAAAAGGUCAAACCAGCAGAGGCCGGUGGAGAGGAUCAAGAUUACUGGCAUACUACUAACAAACAGCUGAUCCUUUGGAGAGUAUCGGAUGAAUUGGGGAAGAUGAAUAUCCAGAUGGUUUCGCAAGGAAAUUUUCAGUACAGUCAACUCGAGUCAAAGGAUGCUUUCAUUUUGGAUGCCUAUAAUGGUGGAAUAUAUGUUUGGAUUGGAAAAAAUUGCACAAUAAACGAACGAAAAAAAGCUAUGGCAUAUGCGACCGAAUAUAUCGAAUCGAAGGGAAAGUCAAAAAAUACACAGGUAGUGCGAGUUUUGGAAGGUGCCGAGCCGAUAGCAUUUACCCAAUGGGCCACUUCUUGGGAAAGUCCCAAGAAGACGCCGCCCUUCAUCCCUAAAUUAUAUCAGUGCAGUGAUCAGAAUGGCAGGCUAACUAUUGAAGAAAUUUAUAAUUACACGCAAAAGGAUUUGGAUGGUGAUGAUGUGAUGAUUUUGGAUGCAAUGAACGUGAUUUAUGUCUGGAUUGGUGCAGGUGCUAAUGAGGAGGAAAAAAAGCUUGCUAAUAACGUCGCCAAUAAAUAUUUGCAAGGUGACACACUUCCACGUCCGGCAGGAGCUCAAAUUGUAAUGGUAAUGCAAGGUAAAGAAACACCUGACUUCAAGAAAAUCUUCGAUAACUGGGAUGAUCAUAUCGCUGUGAGAUAUUUUAUUAAUUCUGAUUAA